CUCACUGGGGUCCAAACCAAGCGUACCCAACGUGCUCUAAAACCAGCGUAGUGACGUAACGUCUUUGUGUUGGCAAAUCACGGUGAACGCUGGGCGGGCAUUGUGAAGCUGUAGUUGAGUGUUAGCAGGCUAACUAGAGAAAGAAAGCUAACUAAUCGUGAGAGUGGAAGUGGAGCUAACGUUAAAGGCAACUGUCAAAACAGCAAGGGGAGCAGUAUUAGUGAAGUGAUAAUUCCGUGAGAUGACUAGCUACAUGAACAGAUGUGUAGCUAGUUAAUCAGAGACCGUGUUUGUCAGAUGCCCGAGGAGCAUUUUGGAUACUACAUCGAUUGUCCCAUUUCCAAACGGAAACCAUUUCUGGACAAACAGUUCGUAGCUAGCUAGCCAGCUAGCUGAAUCAUCCAGGAGACUUUUCAUUGUCACCUACAAACCCAAACUGAAUGUUUUGUCUGUCAUGAGUCCGGCCGGGUGCUCCCAUGUGAACGGUUAUAAAGUGGAUAAUUGGAAACAAAAUCUUCGAGUCAUAUACCAAUGCUUUGUUUGGAGUGGUACUGCUGAGACCAGGAGACGCAAGGCCAAGUCGUGUAUCUGUCACAUGUGUGGCGCCCACCUGAACCGACUCCACUCUUGUCUCUACUGCGUAUUUUUCGGCUGUUUUACGAAGAAACACAUCCACGAGCACGCAAAAAACAAGAGACACAAUCUAGCAAUAGACUUAUUAUACGGGGGAAUUUAUUGUUUUGUGUGUCAAGACUACAUAUACGACAAAGACAUGGAGCAGAUUGCCAAAGAGGAACAGAGGAAAGCAUGGAAAUUGCAAGGUAGAGCAUUUUGUUUUCUCACAGAGAACUUAAUCCAGCUUUUGAAACAAGGCCACUUGAUAUCUCAGUGCCGUCGCAUUUGUGUUCCUUUUGUAUCCACAGGCAUAGGGGAGAAAUACACAACAUGGGAGCCGACCAAGAGGGAGCUAGAAUUAUUACGACACAAUCCAAAGCGGAGGAAAAUCACUACAAACUGUACCAUAGGUUUACGAGGGUUAAUAAACCUGGGCAACACAUGUUUCAUGAACUGUAUUGUUCAGGCCCUAACACACACACCGCUGCUUCGAGACUUCUUUCUCUCCGACAGACACAAGUGCGAGAUGCAAUCAAACUCCUGUCUGGUGUGUGAGAUGUCGCAGCUCUUUCAGGAGUUCUACUCGGGCCACCGUUCACCCCACAUUCCCUUCCGGCUGCUGCACCUGGUGUGGACUCAUGCACGUCACCUCGCAGGCUACGAGCAGCAAGACGCCCACGAAUUCCUCAUCGCAGCGUUAGAUGUACUACAUAGGCACUGCAAAGGGGACACCAUCAGAGACGACAAUGGGAAGAAGGCCAACAAUCCAAACCACUGUAACUGCAUCAUUGACCAAAUCUUCACUGGGGGCCUGCAAUCAGAUGUUACCUGUCAAGUUUGCCACGGGGUUUCCACGACGAUAGAUCCAUUCUGGGACAUCAGUCUGGACCUUCCUGGCUCAUCAACGCCUUUCUGGCCCCUCAGCCCGGGAGGGGAUGGCAGCACAGUCAAUGGAGAGAGCCACCUGUCAGGGUCCACCACUCUCACAGACUGCCUACGCAGGUUUACGCGGCCAGAGCAUCUAGGAAGCAGUGCCAAAAUCAAGUGUGGCGGUUGCCAUAGUUACCAGGAAUCCACCAAACAGCUGACAAUGAAGAAGCUCCCCAUCGUAGCAUGUUUCCAUCUUAAACGGUUUGAGCACUCUGCCAAACUGCGGAGGAAGAUCACUACAUACGUUUCCUUCCCCCUAGAGUUGGACAUGACGCCAUUCAUGGCAUCCAGCAAAGAGAGCAGAAUGAAUGGGCAGUAUCAACAGACGGUUGAUGUAUUAAACAACGACAAUAAGUAUUCCUUGUUUGCGGUGGUCAACCACCAAGGCACAUUAGAGAGUGGCCACUACACCAGCUUCAUCCGCCAGCACAAAGACCAGUGGUUCAAAUGUGAUGAUGCCAUAAUCACCAAGGCCAGCAUUAAGGAUGUACUCGAUAGUGAAGGGUAUCUCUUAUUCUACCAUAAACAGUUCCUUGAGUAUGAGUAGUCUUUGUGACCACUGACCAUGAAGAACCACUGCUUCUAAUGAGAGAGCCAAGGGACUGGGGACAGGAUGAAACACAAUUACACAAACCUACCUGAAACUCUUUGACUAACCAGUCUGCUCCUCCUGCUCUGGAGGACAAAAAUAAAAAGACGUGUGAAAUCAUGCAACCUUUCAAAAGAAAACGAAAACAAACAAGCACUGAGCUACUUCUUGGCAUCUACUUGACAAAACUGAAUGAAGAGGAGUGGAGGAGGAAGAGUCAGGCGUCGUCAGUUCCAGGCUUGGGCAGAGUGAAGAGGCCUCACACCCCUCACGCUCUCUCCCUUCCCCU